GUAAUGUGUUGGUAUUGAAAUGGACUCUCGACACUGUGGCUUUCAGCCAAUAAUAGGAAUAGAGGCCACUGCAUCUUUUUGAAAGGAUGUUUAUAAACAUGAAUGUGCUUGGGCAUCAGUUCAAUUUUAGAAUCAUAUGAACCUAGGACUGUUAUUCACUGCUUUAAGUGUAAGAAAAUGCAGUUGUUUUCUCUUGGAAACGUGACAGACUGGGCUAUCAGUGGUGUAGAUCACAGUAUCGAAGGAAACGGUGGACCAGACUGUGUGAAGUAUCUUUCUCCCAACAGAAGAUUAUACGAAACAAUAUUUGCCACUAUAUUAGCAUUAAUUUACCUUUAUUGGGGCGUAAGAAGAAUUCACAUACCGGCAGUUCCAGAAAUUUCAAAACAAGAUCGAGGUGGCAGGAGAUCUUUAUUGAUGCUGAUGUGUUUAGUUUUAGGAAUGGAAAUUGGUUUCAAAUUUUCAUCUAAAACAGUGAUAUAUUUUUUAAAUCCUUGCCAUGUAGUCACUAUGAUACAAAUAUUUCUGCUUUCGGUUCCACCUUCUCGUUUGGUAACAACUCUCUUCAGAAUACAAAUCCACUGUUUAAAUGGUCCUCUUCUGGCAAUAUUCUUUCCAGUACUUAAUACUCGUGAGGUAAUGCAUUAAGUGAUAGGUUUAAAAACAUCUUGCUAUUGUUCAUCCUUAAAUUUAUACAGUAAUAACCUGCUUAUUGCUAUUCUAAGUGUAGUAUACUCUCUUGAAUCUGUAAUCCUAUUUUUAUGAAAAAAUAUAUAUAUGUAAAUGAUGAAUCUGAACAUGCGGUUUGCUUAGAAAUAGUCAUUUUUGUUUACUUUUACCUAGCCAAUCAAACUGUUAGUCAUGUAAACUCAAAUCACUCAUUAGUUCAAGUUCCUAUUUUACUUUAAAUGUUUAGUAAUUAAUACAUAUUUUCUAAUUACAGUGGAACCUCACUUAACGAGCAUAAUUCAUUCCAGAGUCUUACUCGUAAUGUGAAACAGUCAUUAAGCGAAACAAUUUUUUCCAUAUAAGUUAAUGUAAAAUAUGAUAAUGCCUUCCAUGCCAAAAAAAAUACUCAAAUAUUUUAUGUGUAUAGUUUAUUCAAAGAAAAUUAUACAAUAAACAUUGUUAAGGAGUGUGAAUCAUCUUCAGCUUUUCUUCUAGCACAAA